AGGUGGAGCUUAAGAAAAGCAGAAAACAGCGUUUAACUCUGUCAGCCGACCUGACGAUUUUUAAAUCCUAAAAAAAAAAAAAAAAAAUUCAAAGGGUUCGGCACUGCUUUAAACACUGCGCUGUAUUCGGAAGAACUGAAGUUUAAAGACUUUGUAGUUCCAUUUGGACAAAACAGCAGGACUUUCCUGACAUGACAGAAGACUCUGAGAAGGUGAAGCUGCUGGCACAGCAGGUCACUCCUCACUAUGGUACUGUGAGCAGAAACUCAGGAGGUACCUGCCCCACUUGUCGAGGCACCGGGCAAAUUCCCACAGGUCAAGAAGACCAGCUGGUUGCAGUAAUACCGUGUAACGAUUUAAGACUGAAACCCAGUCGAACGAAAUGGCAUGUGUGCGUGUCUGUGACUGUGUGUGUCUUCGUUUGCUGUCUGAUCCUGUUCUUCCUCUUCCCACGGAGCGUCACCCUGACACCCGUGUCUGUGCUCUCAGUUAUGGUCUAUUUGAAUCCUGACACAGUUGACAUGGAGGUCACGAACCUCAUCAAAAUCCAAAAUCAGAACUAUGUCUCAGUUCACACGGUUGAGUUUGACAUCCAGGGACUGGUGUACAACACAGUUGUGGGAAAGACCAAAAUAUACAACAUGUCCUCCAUCCAGCCUCGCUCAGAGAAUUUGUACACCAUAAAAACGGACCUGUCAAUCACCGACGUGGGCAUAAACGCCUUCUGCAAGUCGACCACUAUCAAAAUUCACACUUUAUUUCUGGAGCUGCAAAUGACGCUGAAUAUUUUCCAUCUGUCCCACACGGAGCAGAUCUCUCUGAAUAGCUUCGAGUACAUUGACUGUGGCAGAAAUUCAACAAUCCCACAUCCUGUCACAUGACCUGAAGUUAAACUGGUGGGACAAAAAAAAAAAAA